AAGUCCUGGCCCUGGGUGUGAUUGGAGGAAAGAGCCCAUCUAGCCUGGGAAAGGACAGGGCGGAGCUCUUGGGACUAGAAAGACCCUGUCAGAGUGAGCUGCUGGGAAGCAGGAAACCGUUGAGCUGAAAUCUCUCUGCCUUCCGCUGCAGCUGAGACUUCUUUGUCUUCUGGAAGCCAGACCCUUGCUUGCCGACCCCAGGGAGCCUGGAGCCAGAGGGAAUGAGCACUGGGAGCCUCGGACCUCCUCCUCAUGAGAUGGUGACUUUCAAGGAUGUGGCUGUGGACUUCACCCAGGAGGAGUGGGGCCUCUUAGACCAUUCUCAGAAGGAGUUGUACAAGGAAGUCAUGGUGGAGAAUGCUAGGAACCUGCUCUCUCUGGGACUUCCAGUGAAAUGUAUGAUCUUUUAUUUUAACCAAAGUGAAGCACCAUGGAUGCUGGACCAAGAAGGCCUAAGGAGCUGCUUUCCAGAAGAUGCAAUGGGACUCGAAAUGAAGGAAACUGCUGCACACUCAAGCCUUUCUGUAGUGGAAAGUCACAAGCAAAGAUUCAUGAGUGCUGGUCUCCGUGACUUGCCCUGGAGAGAAAUCUGUGUGAUGCGUGAUAUCAUCAACUCUGGAGAGAAUCAAGGUGGAAUAGCCUUUAGAGAAAGGAGAGCUCUUACUAGACAUCAGGGAUUCCACAUUGGAGAAAAACUCUAUGAAUGUAAGCAGUGUGGAAAGGCUUUUACAAAAAAGGGCAAUGUUAUUGUACAUCAGAGAAUCCAUACAGGAGAGAAACCUUAUGAAUGUUAUCAGUGUGGAAAGGCCUUUAAAUACAAGAUAGAUCUUACUACACACCAGAAAAUUCACACUGGAGAGAAACCUUAUGAAUGUAACCAAUGUGGAAAGGCCUUUAUAUAUAAGCAAAGUUUUACUGCACAUCAGAAAACCCACACUAGAGAGAGAGCUUAUAAAUGUAACCAUUGUGCAAAGGUCUUUAGAUUUAAGAGUUGUUUUAGUGCACAUCAGAGAAUCCAUACUGGAGAGAAACCUUAUGAAUGUAACCAAUGUGGAAAGGGUUUUAUAAAAAGGAGAGCUCUUAUUAUACAUCAGAGAAUCCACACUGGAGAGAAACCUUAUGAAUGUAACCAUUGUGGAAAGGCCUUUAGGCAAAUAGGAACUCUUACUACACAUCAGAGAAUCCACACUGCAGAGAAAACUUAUGAAUGUAACCAAUGUGGAAAGGCCUUUAGGCAAAUAGGAACUCUUACUGCACAUCAGGCAAUCCACACUGGAGAGAAACCUUAUGAAUGUAACCAAUGUGGAAAGGCCUUUAUAUAUAAGCAAAGUCUUACUGCACAUCAGAGAAUCCACAUUGGAGAGAAAACUUAUGAAUGUAACCAAUGUGGAAAGGCCUUUAGUCAAGUAGGAGCUCUUACUGCACAUCAGAGAAUCCACACUGGAGAGAAACCUUAUGAAUGUAACCAAUGUGGAAAGGCCUUUAGGCAAAUAGGAACUCUUACUGCACAUCAGAAAAUCCACACUGCAGAGAAAACUUAUGAAUGUAACCAGUGUGGAAAGACCUUUAGGCAAAUAGGAACUCUUACUGCACAUCAGGCAAUCCACACUGGUGAGAAACCCUAUGAAUGUAACCAAUGUGGGAAGGCCUUUAUAUAUAAGCAAAGUCUUACUGCACAUCAGAGAAUCCACAUUGGAGAGAAAACUUAUGAAUGUAACCAAUGUGGGAAGGCCUUUAUAUAUAAGCAAAGUCUUACUGCACAUCAGAGAAUCCACACUGGAGAGAAACCUUAUGAAUGUAAUCAAUGUGGAAAGACCUUUAGACAAAUGGCAAUCCUUAUUGCCCAUCAGAGAAUCCACACUGGAGAGAAACCUUAUGAAUGUAAGCAGUGUGGAAAGACCUAUAGAUGUAAGACGAAUCUUACUGCACAUCAGGCAAUCCACACUGGAGAGAAACCUUAUGAAUGUAAGCAAUGUGGAAAGGCUUUUAGUCUUAAAGGAAAUCUUACUAUACAUCAGAGAAUCCACACUGGAGAGAAACUUUAUGAAUGUAAUCAAUGUGGAAAGGCCUUAAGACAAAAGAGAAGUCUUACUAGACAUCAGAGAAUCCACAUUGGAGAGAAACUUUAUGAAUGUAACCAAUGUGCAAAGGUCUUUAGACAUAAGACUUAUCUUAGUGCACAUCAGAAAAUCCACACUGGAGAGAAACCUUAGGAAUGUAAGGCAUGUGGAGAGACUAAAGAGCUAUAAGGGUCUUCUCCUGCUCUCCUGGAAACCUCACACUGGCAGCGCAGACACUACACCAAAAACUAUGUAGAAAACCACCACACGCCAGAUAAAGAGGAUAAAUUUAGUGCGUCACUAAAUCAUUUGUAAGUGAGGAUAACAGUGGUUAAUGAAGGAGAGAACAACUGGGGAGGAAAUGGUCAAAAUGGAAUCAGUUGACUAUCAUUUCCAUAGUACCUACUGUGUGUCAUGCAUUAUGCUCUCUCAUUUUAUCCUCAUGAGAAUCCUAGGAUUAAGUGUGAUUGCUCAUUUUACAAUCUAAGAAACUGAGGCAAACAGGGGUCUUGGAAAUUGACCAGUCAGUUUAUGAGAUGGGAUUAAUGCUCAGGUUCUCAUGAUUAAAAGCUAUAUCCACUGUACUACUAAUCCAUUCUGAUUUAUUUUUUGGUGGGACAAUUGGAGUUAAAUGACUUGCCCAGGGUCACAAAAAUAGGAAGUGUUAAGUGUCCGAGGCCAGAUUGUACUCCUGUGCUCCUGACUGCAUUCUGAUUCUGAAAUAAAUAUGAGGAAAAAUGAUCACACAUGUAUGGGGUCGAAAAUCUUUAGACAAUUGGACAAAGUCCCAUUUAUUAGUCCCUGCAGGGAGAGGCCCAGCACACCCAGGAGACAUCCCAGUUCCUGACAUGUGCUCUACCUGACCAGCAGGAAGUAGAACACCCUGUUAAAUAGGAAAAGACCCAAGCUUUUUCAUUGGAUAGCAUCUGCUUCCCGAGGGUCAUGUCAAUUCCUGUAAUUUCACUAACUUAAUGUGACUUCCUGCAUUCCAGGGUUCAAGGCCUAGGAAUAGGGAUCAUGUGACUUUGACUCAAACUGAGAAAACUUCAUCUAAUCAGUCCCCUUCACAAUCUUUGAAAGGAUAGAAUGUCUUCAGAUUUAAGUUUGUUUUUUCUACCACUGGUAAAGUCGCUAUAGUCUCACUGAAACCCUACUGAAUGACCAACCCAUGUAGCCAAUCAAUUCUUUUGAGAAACUGCCAGACAGAAGAAGUGUAACAUAAACAGAGGAUAAGUUCCCAUUAGAACACAACCUUACAGAUUUCAAUGAGUGGCACAUGAAGGUCUGUUUUUCUACAAAGCUUGUGGUCUCGUGUUAUGGGCCAGAACUUGAAACGAGACGCUAAAUCGGUGGAAUUGAUAGAGACAAUGGUUAUUUAGCAUGGUGCUUAACAGUUCUCUAGUUCAGUACAUGUACUUAGUACUUGUUAUAGUUCCACAACAAUCAUAUCUUUAGGAGAGAAUAUAAAAGCUAGGAACCUCAACCAGGAUUCAGUUGGGGAGAUUCAGAAGCCAGAACUCAAUCUUUUGGAACCAAGUCCACAGAAGGCCUCUAAAAAACUGAAAGGAAGGCUGCUCCCAGAAGCCCCCCAAGAAACCUGCUCCCAGAGAACAUUACAUUUUAGAGAAAAAUAUUAGUGUCGCAUGAUGAUUUCAUGAUCUUUACUGUCCCUGCCUCCUGGCCCUGGGUUUCAGGUAGCUUGCCAGCAAUGCUGCAAGAAUGAAAGCCCAGGAAACAUCUUGCUCAGGUGAUUAGAGAUUUGAUGAGAUGGGGUUGCUAGGUAACCCAGGAGUCAGAGAAUUAUUCUGGCCCAGUGAGAGACAGUCCCCUAGGGUCUUUGCAUGUCUAUGGCCAUUUGCCCAUGAAAAUCCAACCUUCCUGGAAAGUUGGAAACAUUCAUGUCGAGAAACCAGAGGAAUAUGUUGCACUUAGAACUGGUGAGAGUUUGAUGCAAUCACUGCACAAUCCCCCUAAACAGUGUAUUCUGCAGAAAGAGAGCUCUUGAGGAGGAAAUGUGCACGUACAUGUUGUCUGAGAGGACAGCUAUCUUUAUAAUCAAAUCCGACAAUAACUUACCACUUAAAGUGCCACUAACCAAUUUCUGGGUCAAAUCCCUUGGAUCACUGUCUCAAUCCUUCAAGGAAAUUGUGAACUUCUUAAAGGGAGAGUUUCAAUACAGGACAAUACUUUGUUUCAAUCUGAUACAAUAGCAAGUUAUUCGUGCUGCCCCAUGGGGCACAUACUUAGCACAUAUGGAGUGGAGAUGGAGGGCAUAAACAAGAGCCACCUGCUAGUGGAUUCUGGGUAUUACAGAGCUAGUGGCUGCUUGGAAUCUCAUUCUCACCAGCAAAAUAGAUCUCUUCAUGUGACAGGUUGAUAACACUACAAGGAGACUGAGGCAGUUGCAUUCUCUGGCCUUCCUCCUCUUCCCUCUUGUUUCCCAUUUAUUUCAUUCCCAAUUCACCAGCAACUUCUGCCUCAGUAAAGCUGUGGGGGCUUUGGGAGAGUCAACCCACUCCUAAUAGUACAGCCUUCUUUAGCCCUUUACAGGCUUUCUGGGUUUUGAACUCAGGUGUGGUCCCUAACACAGACCAGUAGUGCAAGGAUUCUCAAAACAAUGUGCAGGCUGGAACCCUUCUCCUAGUCAAGAGGCAAAGCUUUACUGUAAGUAACUUUCUUACAAAGUGGGCUGGAAUUCUAAGGGAAUUCAGCAGAGAAACAGGCAAGGAGAAUCAUUUAUCCAGCUUUCAAUCAAAGAUAUGCUAAUUCUGUGGCUCAUAGGUAGCAAGGAGUGGUUCUUGAUUGAUCAAAUUAUAACUGAGGAGAUUAUCAGUCAGCAGUGAAUUGAGGAGUGGUCUUAUCCAUCAUUGUCUCAGGAUUUUGCUCUGUGGGAGUUUCCUGAGGCCAGAAGUUAUACUAAGAAGGGAUCAGAAUCAGACAGGUUGGGUUUAGGAGUUUUCCUGAGGCAGAAAAUCUAGCAUCACUUUACUUAUUGCCAGAACAAAACCCCCUUCCCCCUCAAAUCAGGGGGCUACAAAAUCAUGUCAAUACCAGAUCUGAAACUUGUAUCAACCUCUGUGACCACAAGGUGUGGAUAAAUUGUAGAGCAUGCACAGGAAGGAAGCCAGCACGGGCCAGGCUCUAUGAUUCUAGAUUUGGUCUGCUUCAUUCCUAUUUCAGAAUUCUGAUAUAAUGUUCUGACACAGAACUUGGCACUAUUCACCAUAGCACAUAAAAUUCCCUGAGGAUUUCCAUUUCUUGUUUAAGUAAAAACUUGGAAAUUUAAGAGCCUAGAAGUAUUGUGCUACAGUUCUCUUUUAAUGUCCUGACACAAUUUCCCUAACUGUCCCAUUCAGUUACUCUGCCUCAGGUUAUAACCAUUCCCUCAUAAUGUUUGCUAGGAUAAAUAUCUUAUAUCUUAGACUUCAGGCUGUAAUCAUUCCUUCUUAAUGUUUGAUGGGAUAAAGGUCUUUAUCCCAUUUAGAUGUCCUUACAAUAUCUGGAGCCUCUCCAGUACCCCUCAUUAUGUCAUUCUAGGUGCCUCCCCCCAUUAGGUCAUCCCUAUCUAGGUACCUCCCUCAUUAUGUCAUUGUUCUUACCCUAUAAAAGAAUUUUGUAUCUGUCAUUCGCUGCUGGAUUCUUUGAGAUCCCAGUCUCAUUCAGCCCUGGGACCAAACCAUGGAUCCAUUUGGUCCCAGUAAAUCUCUCCUUUUUAAUAAAUUAUUAAAUACUCUCUA